AUGUCGAGUGCCCUAUCUAUCUACUUUGGGCUCCCUGAGGCCCGGCUGUUUCGAUUUCCUCCCGGACCCCAUCCGCCUCUUAUCAAGCCUGCACAGGCAGAGAUCUCGUGGGAACGGCCUAUCAAUAUAUCCUCCACCGUUUACACUUUCAGUCUCGAUGCCAGAGUCCCUAUAACUACGGCGUGCUUGUAUCUCAUUUUCGUUUGCACCCUGAAUUAUCUCAAUAAGAAAAGACAGUAUCGUCCAUGGCCUAUAACUCGCACGGCGUCGUUUACCCGCAUUGCUUUCGUGCAUAAUAUUUUGCUUAGUAUCUUUUCCGCUUGGUUUUUCCUGGGCGUAUGUCGGACAGUCACAUCCUCUCUUCCGCCUCUCCCAAGAGCGCCUCAUCACAUCGCAGAUGUCUUCUGCAGAUUUGACCGCAGUCAAGGAAGCGGACCACCGCCUGAAUCGACUGCAGGGGGGAAUGCAAUACCACCGCCAGCCACAUUCCAUGAUGGUUUCACAGGGAUGUACGAGGCUGAGUCUUUGUGGGAGAAGGGUAUGAAUUACUACACAUGGUUGUUCUAUAUAUCGAAAUACUACGAGAUUAUAGACACCCUGCUUCUGCUAGUGAAGGGGAAAAGGGUCUCUUUUCUCCAGAUGUAUCACCAUGCGGGUGUGAUCAUCUGUUCAUGGGUGGGUGUUAUCUACAGGACUCCGCAAGCGGUAGUGGGAAUCUUCCUGAAUGCAGGAAUUCAUACGCUGAUGUACCUCUAUUAUUCGUUGACUAUUCUCAGGAUUAAAGUACCUGUUUUUAUAAAGCGGACCCUCACGAGGCUACAAAUCACUCAGUUCGUCUUGGGCGGGCUGGCGUCAUGGUUGUACGUCUUUGUCUCGUACGACAGCCCCAUAGGCGUAUCUUUGGUUGAGACCAGAGACUCGGACAAUCAAACACAUGUUAGGGGCGAAGGAGGGUCGACCGCGGCCCCCUGCAUGGAUAAUAGCGGCCAGGUCUUUGCGCUGCUGUUGGCAACGUUAUACCUCAUCCCCUUGACCCAGCUGUUCCUCCAGUUCUUUGGCCGCACUUACAAGCUGACAGCAAAGAAUAAAUCGCUCUAG